AUGUCUCAACAAAGUGAAAAUCUUGAUUUUUCAGGCCUUUUUAAAUUGGACGUUUUAGUUCAGUUUGAUAUUGUUAAACACAGUUUUUACGAAGUAGGCCUAAAGAAAUAUUUGGCGUUAUCAAGCGACAAGGAGUUGCUUUUUUUGUACAUUAAUUCCGAAUCAGAGAGAUUUGAUCACGUUUAUGACUGGGAUUUUGUUGAUAAUCCAGUUUAUUGUAUGUGUUUUGAACCAAGUGGAACAUGGGUAUUGAUUAUUAGCCAAGAAAAAGUUUUACUUGUACCCUUUUUACCUCGAUUCAUACCGCAAAAUACUUUUGAUUGUAAAUGGUCACUAUCAAGUGUCACAGUCUUACCUCUUCCUGAAAUCCCAGAAGCUGUAGCCGUUGUCUGGUGGUUGACAAAAGAAUCUGAGAAUAUUAUUAUCAUUGCAACAAAAUCAGGAUCAGUGAUUUUCUACUCUUUGGAAUCACAGUGUGUUGUUGGAGAAACUAAAGUACCAGAUGAUAUUUUUGAUCUGCAGAUUUGCUUCGAUGAUUCUCUUGACCUUCUUGCUCUACUUAUUUCAAAAGGCCCAACUCAACAAUGGAAGUUGGUGCUUGAACAUAGAUCUUUUGGCUACAACUGGCUACAACAAAUGAGAACACAAAUUGAUAGAGACAAGAAAGAUAGUUUCAUGUCUUACAUUAAACAAUUGUCUAAAGAUAAAAUCACAUUCUUUACACAAAGUGGUUCUAAAGAUGAAAACAAACCACAAACAGUGGAAUAUCUUUUAAAACCGAUAGAGUAUUUGCCAAAUUUCCGGAAAAAUUCUAAUAGUUGGGCACUAAGUGCACAGUAUGUAAACGGAAGACAUUUUUUAACUGCUUUUGAAAUUAAUGAAGGAAUAAUUAUACUUGAAAGUCCGGCUGAAGAUGCACCUUCUAGAACCCUUAAGCCCCAUAUUAAAAAAGAUGGAUUGUAUGUUCAAGGCUUGUGGUCUCAAAGAUUGGUUUAUCUUAUUAGAAAAAAUCAACUAGAAAUACAUAGUGCUCAGUUCUCACAGUGCCAGGGUGAAACACUACUUGGAAUAAAAAGAGAUUUCUCAGAACUGUGGGCGGCGGAGCUUAUUGGUGAUGUUCAACACGCAUAUUUGAUGUCUGCAAAAGAGCCAACGUCUGUGACUACAGGGUGGAAGGAACCCACUUUUAUGUGUGACUUGCAACUGCCACGGUUUACACUGGAGCCAUGUCUCAUUGUGACAUCAUGUGGUGCUUACAUAUUAAAUACUGUAUGCGAGCCGUGCGAGUGGCUGGUGGGGCUGAUCGCGCGCGGCGGCGCGGGCGCGGAGCUGUCGGCCGCGGCGCUGGGCGCGCCCGUGCCCGUGCUGUUGCGCGCCGCCGCCGACCUGCUGCUGUCGCGCGGCAAGGUGGCGCCCGCGCACUACCUCUACUCGCUCUCCAAGAGUCAACCAGACGGCUGGGUAGCUCGCUUGGGCGUGUUUGGACGUCUUCAUGAGUUAUCCAUGUACAAGCAAAUGGGUAACGUAGGCAGUCUCGGGAAUGCAGCAAUUACUGCUAAACUACUUGCAUUGCUUUUAAAAAUUGGCACAAAUAGCGAAGAAAACUUUGAUAUGGAAGUGAAGUUCACAAAUCUUGGUACAACGGAACUACAAGAGUUAACUUCCGUUGCUGCUGCUAUAGGACUGUGGGAUUUGGUUCCAGUAUUCAGCUUUCAUAGAGGCUAUCCCCAUUUGCUUCUCAACGCUAUUAAAAGUAGAAGUGAUAUUUGCAGAGGUGCUAUUGUGUGUCUGUUGAGACAGAAAUGUCUGGUACCGAUACUUCUAGAGGAAAAUGGACAAUGGUUUUUCGACUUUAUUGCUGAAAAAUGUAACAAAUUAGACACAAUUAUUUUAAAACGUUUAUGCUUGUGGUUAAAUCCAUUGCAAGAUCAACUGCGUCCGGUGAUGCGCGAUUUGAAACAAGGGAUUACAUCAAUUUACACUACAAGAAUGUUGCAACUUAUAGCGACGUUUAUGCACGUUGCUAGUGCGUUAGAAGUUCGGCAACCGUGUUUAGAAAUCCACACCGAUAUCGCCCAAAAACCUGAGACGUGGAAAAAUCAGUUUACUCCUAGAAGAUCUUUAUCCUGUGGAUUGGGUCACUGGGCAGUCGCAGAUGAUGGAAACGCAAAAAUUAUGGUCGCAAAUACGCCUGUUAACACCGAGCUAACUGGUAUGGUUAUAGACGUUGCCUGCGGAAGACAUCAUACACUUUUGUUGACAGAGAAUGGGGUGUACGCGGCGGGGGACAACUCGUUCGGGCAGCUGGGCGCGGGCGCGCGCUGGGCGGGCGCGGCGGGCGACGGCGCCAGCGCGGCGGGCGCGCUGCUGCGCGUGCGCGCCGCCUGGCCCGCGCCGCUGGCCGCCGUCGCCGCGGGCCACUACCACUCCGCCGCCGUCGACGUGGGCGGCCGCCUCUACACCUGGGGAUGGGGUGUCCACGGCCAGCUAUGUCUUGGAACAAUAGACGAUCGUUAUACUCCUCAAUUGGUCACCAAGCUUCAAGGACGGAAAGUUCUGAGCGUGGGUUGCGGCGCGUGCCACACCGUGGUGCUGAUGAAGAACGGAGAGGUGUGGGCGAGCGGCGCGGGCGUGUUCGGGCAGCUGGGCGCCGGCGGCCGCGACAAGAGCGCCGUGCCGCUGCGCGUGCCGCUCGCGGACUGCGUCCACCGCGUCGCCGUGGGCUACUUCCACAACCUGGCGCUGACGGCGCGGGGCCAGCUGUGGUGCUGGGGCGCCAGCCCGCAGCAGGUGCGCGCGGCGCACGCGCGGCGCAGCGCCUCCCCCGCCGCGCCCGCCGCCCCCGCCGCCCCCGCUGCGCCCGCCGCCCCCGCCUCCCCCGCCAGCGAGCCGCACCUGCUGCCGCAGCUCGUCGACACCAGCAACGUGCGCGGCCGGAUCGUACAGAUAGCAGCUGGGUGGCAUCACUCGUGUAUAAUCAAUAACGUUGGAACCGUAUACUCCUGGGGCUUGAACUUUGACGGACAAUUAGGAAGUGGAGAUCGUAAACAGGUACAAAUACCGACGGAAGUCAAAAUUCGAACUGACGUACAACCGGAGGGUAAAACGAACAAAUCUCCCGAGAAAGAAGUUCCCGGUGAUAAAACGAAAGCUCUGGUCGCGUGCGGCGGAGAUUUUACUAUAUUUAUAGACGACGAUGGACGGAUUUAUGCCACUGGAAAUAUGCACUUACAGGCAAUUAAUGAAAAGGAGAAACCGAACAAUCGCGUUAUUAUGAUGAAAACAACGAAACGAGUGAUUAAGAUACCAGCGAGUAGGUCCAAUAACAAGUUUAUAUUCCAAGCUGUUGAUUACAUUCACAUAAUGUUUCCAUUUGACAUCGACGGUAUAAAGAGGAAACCAAUUGAACCGAGAUUGAAUCCUCUAAAUUCACUCGCGGAUUUCAAUAAGAAAUCUUGGGCUGAUGACGUCAUAAUGCUUCUAAAACCGUGGAUAAAUGAGGAGAAUCUUAACGGGAACCUAAACAUGGCGGCGAAAUUGGCGUACCACAGAAAAAUGUACUCCGAAUGUCUGAAAUACUUACUUGAUAAUUUGAACAGAGGUAUUCAGGAAGAUCAGUUCUAUGUGACUCACCAAGAUGAUUCAGAAGUGAACCACGUUCGUAAGAAGGAUGAGUUGAAAAUCGUUAUAACAAACAUUAUGUCGAAACGCAUUAAAGAUAUAUCUAUGACGAUACUAAACGAAGAAUCGUACCCUAUCAUUGACCCCAACUUUUUUAAAUCUUUACCGUGUUGCUGUGACGAGUUAAAAUAUACGACGAAGCAGAUCAUGCCAAAGUCUGUGACAAAUAUCAUAGAUGUAGAUCUAUCUGUGCAAGCGGCUCAAACAAUAGAUAAAUGUAUCAGUCUUUUCCCAGUCGAUAGCAAAUUGUGGGAAACCUGCUUUAGAUACGCUAAAGAUUUUUACGUCAGUAACAAUUUGGAUGUUUCGGAAUUGGAAACUGUUUUACGCAAAUAUAUGGAGAGUAACGCGAACACGAUGGCAGCGGCUAUAAUGUAUUCGAAGGAUUGUGCGCAGUAUAGCGAAAUAUUGACGCCAAAAUUUUAUUUGAAUAUGUGCAGCGAAAUUUUAGAUACUUGGGGUUGAAGACACUAACGACUAAGUGACUUGAGGAAAAGAAGUUGACUUCGCAACUCGUCCGUAUAUUUAAUGUAUACGUGAUAUUUUUGACAAUUUAGAAAUGAUAUGAUUUUUUAAAUAGCAUAUUGUGACCUUGGUCCAAUAUCAUUUUUGAAACGAAUUCCACCAUUAAAAGUAGAAAUCAGAAUACAUAACAAUUGAAAAGUUUCUAUUGGAUUUUAUAAUAUUAACAUGAGUGUUGUUUGUAAAAUGAGUGUUAGAUAAAAUAUACUUGAAUGCUUAUUAGAUUAUUGCAGCUAAUUAUUGUUAAUCAAUUUUUAAGUAAUAAAAUACAGUCAGAGUAAUAAAAAAAAAAAUAUAAUGAAUGUCUGAUUAACAAAACAAAAAAAAAAAAAAAAAAAAAAAAGUUCAAGUUAUAAUAAAUAAUCUUUUAACAUACUGUGUGAAAUAUGUUAGAAGUGUGUUUUUAUUCAAAAAGUUAUACUUUUGUAGUGCACAGUUGUGUUUUAUUGACAUAGAAGAGAGAUCAUAAGAUUAAUUUUAUAAUAUGUUAAAUUAGGAAUGUUAGCACAAACUGCUAUUUAGUGUUAUUUUGCAAUUUAUUUCGAAACUAAAUAAUAAAUUUUAAUUAUUUAUGAACCCUUAGAUUUAAUUUCGGUCGUACUAUCUAUUGGUGAGUUAUAGUAAGAAUUCUGCAAUGUAAUUAUCAAGUGAUAUUACUAUAAUGUACACAAAAUGAGUAUCAAUUAAAUGUAUUUGUACGGAAUAUAGUGUACUUAUAUAAAUGUAAAAGAUAAAUAAUUCAAUUAAUAUCAAAAGAAACAAAUUAGUCUGUAACGGCCUCAUUGAAAAUAUACAUAUUAUGUUGAAUAUCGCCAUAAAUCAAACUCAUGGUUUAUUAAUUACAUUUUAUAAAUUGUUUUCCCUAAAGCUUGGUUUUCUAGUCAGUAGAAAUAGUUGUUAUAUUGCCAUAUUUAAAUGUUUUUGUAUUCUAUUUUGCCGUCCACUAAUUUAUAAAGCCACUGUAAAAUUAUUUCUUUAUUUUGCUAUAUACAAUGUUACGGAUUGAUCAAUAUUUGUUAUUGUAUUGCGUCUUAUUGAACUAAUUCCGUCGAGUUGCUUGCUUAAUAUGUGUUGUGAUAUGUAUUUACGAUAAUUUGCAAUAAUAUUUAUCGUAUAUCAUGAAAUGGAAUUAGUGUUAUAUAUUUUAUACGCUGUUUUAGUAAAAAUAUUUCGAAUUUAUUGUAAACUGAAUUCAAAUAUUUACAUCACUCUAACUUAUUAUAUUAUUGUAUUUUAAAAUCCAUUGUUAGUGAUAGUUUUGAUGUCGUAGUAAGCGAUUUACUGUCUACGUAAUGAUUAAGUUAUCGAUAGGUAUAUUAAGUUAUGGGUAAUAUUGAUAUAACUACAAUUUAGCACAACUAGACUUUGUCGUUAUGAUUUGACACCGUAAUUUAAUAAUUAUGAAUAUUUUUGGUUUGUACCUAUCUUUUAAAAAAAGCUAUCUGCAAAAACAAGUUUAAUUUGUGCAUCAUAAAUCGAUAUAUGUAUAAUGAAAUUUUUCUUAAAUAUUCACUUCUCUUCGUUUUUGACACGUAAUUUAUAAAAAAAAAAAAUCUUGAUUGCAAUCAAAUAUAUACUCGCCUUCGACUUGUAAACUUCAUAAGUAAUUUUUCCACGGCUAUAACGCAUACAGCGCUCGCAGGGUUGGAAUUCCGUGAUCAAUGUUAUUUUGAAUAGGUUUUACAAGUUAUAUAAGAAUUUAGUCGGGGCCUUGUCUUUAAGUCGUUGUAGCCGAUCCUUUGUUAUAAAUUGUUUCGACUGUACAUAUGUAUACAUUAAUUAUUAUUUGAAUCCUACUUAGAUGUAAUAGCCUUAUUUUGUUAUCGUGUUAUUGUAUUAUUUUUUAAUAUUUUUUUUUGACUAUAAUUUCGUUAUUUGUAAUAGUUUAUUAUUUCAAUUUAUAAAAAGUUAUUUUAUAAAAAUGUUGUAUUACGUAUAAUAAAUAUUUUCAUGGCAGCUAAUGUCCAUUGGAGAUAGGUUUUGUUAAUUUGUACCAUUUGAUUCAAACUACAAAAAUCUUAAUAUACCUCUAACUACGAAAAAAUAAGACAGUUAACAUAAAUCUCCUGAUCUGAUUUAAUGUAGUAGCCACAGUAGUAGCACACUCAUAUUGUGAUUUAUUUUACAUGAAUUCUUGCCCAAUUUAGUUUUAGUUUUUACGAUUUUACAGUCUUUAGAUUGAAUGUGUAUUACAAGUGAAAAUAAAUAAAUAAUAACCCAAAAAA